GCUGUGAUAGUGAUCACAGUGUAUGAGGAAGUGUUCUUCUGUCUCCACCUCUCUCUGAGAGCACAGAGAACACAGUCUCUGCUCUCUCGGCUGCCACCUCUGCCGGUGCCGUCCUCUCUCUACAGCCAGACAGUGGGCACUCAGCCUGUAUCUGGUCAGGGUCUUUCUCACUUUAUGCUCUUUUACACAGCUCAGAUAGUGCUGUGCUGCUCUGGCUGUAGUUUGAGCAUCAGCUGUGAGAGUGCGCUCCGGGGCCGGUUCUGCUCCUGACACCGCAGGGCUUCGGCCUGCUCUGUGAAGGGGAACAGAUGUUGUGUAGCAGCACAGAGGAAGUGACACCGGGUUCAAGUUCAGAGCCCGGGCCAAGCAGCACUUCUGUAACCCCACAUGUAUCAAGUCUCCCGACCAUCUACGGUCAGGUCAUGUGUAGACAGCGGCAAGAUCCUCUGUCAUCUUCUGUCCUUCAGAUCUCACAUGGAUCAGAUGAUGUCAGGAACAGUCUGUGUCUUGGAUCAACUGCUGCAACUGAUACUGGUGCUCAGUCAUCUGUGUUCACUGACACAACACCAGUUGGAGCUCAAUGCCAGCUAAAUAUAAGAGGAGCAAACAGAAUCAGCUCUUCUGUGGGUUCAUCUGCUCUGACUGUCCUGUCCAGGAGCUUCAGCACUCCACGUCUGAGGACCACACCUGCACUCACACACCAUGGCCGAACCCCUCAGAGAGACAUUAACAUGACGACAUCUUCAUCAGCAUCACUGUCACAUGGCGCCUCUGUGAUAGUGGCUGUGGUUGAGGGUCGUGGUUUAGCUCGGGGGGAGAUUGGCAUGGCCAGUAUCAACAUGAAAUGCCCAGAGCUGGUGCUUUCACAGUUUGCAGACACUGGAACUUAUGCCAAGGUAAUUACCAAGCUGCAUAACUUGAUGCCUGUUGAGAUUUUAAUGCCAGACACUGCUAGUGUGAAAGGACAAGGAACCAAACUCUACAAGCUCAUCACCGAGACCUUCCCGUCAGUCUCGUUCACUGCUGUUCUAAGAAAGCACUUCAAUGAGAAGAAGGGCCUAGAAUAUAUAGAGCAGCUCUGUGUCCCUGAAUUUAGCACUGUUCUGAUGGAGGUGCAAACCAAAUACUACUGCCUGGCAUCUGCAGCUGCCCUACUAAAAUACUUUGAGUUUGUUCAGAACUCAGUAUUUGCUCCUAAGUCCUUGAAAGUGACCUUUACAGGCAGCGAGCAGACUACAAUGAUUGACGCAGUGUCAGCCAGCAAUUUGGAACUAGUAGUGAACAACAGAGAUCACAGAAGUGGGCACACUCUAUUUGGGGUCUUAAACUACACUAAGACUGCUGGUGGGGAGCGGAGGCUACGCUGCAAUAUUCUUGAACCCCUGCUGGAUGUGGACACUAUUAACUCUCGUCUGGACACCAUACAGGAGCUUUUACAGAAUGAGGAGCUCUUCUUUGGUUUGAAGAAAGCCACUGCACACUUCCUGGAUAUAGAUGAGCUUCUGUCUGCUCUUAUUCAGGUCCCAAAGCAAGAGACGGUAUCAGUGGCUGAAGCAAAAAUAACACAAGUAAUCCAGCUGAAGCACACUCUAGAACUGGUCCCGUCACUGAAGGGCCUGUUGAAACACUCCAAAACCGCCCUGUUGCAAGCAUAUUAUACCUCGCUUGAAGACAGUAGAUUUAAAAGCAUUCUGGACCAGAUAAAAUCAAUGAUUAAUGAUGACACCAGCUACAUGAAAGGCAGUCUGAACAUGCGCACACAGAAGUGCUAUGCUGUGCGGCCCAACGUCAACGAGUUCUUAGACAUUGCUCGGCGAGCCUACACAGAGGUAGUAGAUGACAUAGCAGGAUUGGUGAAUCAGCUUGGUGAAAAGUACAGCCUACCCCUCCGGACAAGUUACAGCAGUGUUCGUGGCUUCUUUAUACAGCUGAGGCUGGAGGGUGGGGUUUUACCUGGGGGGAAGUUACCAGACGUGUUCAUCAAAGUGAGCAAGCAGAAGAGCAACUAUGGCUUCACCACUGUAGACCUCAUGAAAAUGAAUGAUCACUGUGAGGAGGCUUUGAAGGAGAUUUUCCACAUGUCUUAUAUGGUGGUGUCCAGGUCAUUGAGUGAGGUCUAUGAACAUAUCCACUGCCUGUACAAACUGUCUGAUGCUGUUUCUCUGCUGGACAUGUUGCUCUCUUUGGCUCAUGCUUGCACUGUCUCAGACUAUGUGCGUCCUGAGUUCACUGAUACAUUGGCGAUAAAGCAGGGUCGCCACCCCAUCCUGGAGCGCAUUUCUGGGCAACAACCCAUCUCCAACAACAGCUACAUAUCUGAGGGAAGCAAUUUUGUCAUCAUAACAGGCCCCAACAUGAGUGGCAAAUCCACCUACCUCAAACAGGUGGCCCUCUGCCAGAUAAUGGCUCAGAUAGGUUCCUUUGUGCCUGCUGAGUAUGCCUCUUUUCGAAUUGCGGAUCAGAUUUUCACCAGAAUUGGAGUAGAUGAUGACUUUGAGACCAACUCCUCCACGUUUAUGGUUGAGAUGAAAGAGGUGUCUUAUAUCAUCCACAAUGCAAGUGCCAAGUCACUUAUUAUUAUCGAUGAGCUGGGUCGAGGCACUAGUCCAGAGGAGGGCGUUGGUAUCUGCCACAGUAUCUGUGAAUUCCUCAUAAAUCUAAAGGCCUUUACACUGUUUGCUACACACUUUCUUGAGCUAUGCCAGCUGGAAACUCUUUAUCCCAAUGUGGAGAACCAACACAUGCAGGUUCAGCAUGUCUGCAGAGGAGAUGGCAGAGCAGAGAGAGUAGAGUAUACAUAUCUGCUGAGCCAAGGCCACUCAGAGGAGCGCAACUAUGGUAUAAGAGCAGCGGAGAUGACUGCACUACCAACCGGCAUUAUUCAGGAGGCCAAAGCUUUUGCUGCCAAAAUCAACCAAAGGCUAUGGGCUGAUCAUCAAAGUGACCCUGCCACUUGCAAAGAGAGGGCAGUGUAUCGUCUAGCCACCAGAUUGUUACAGACAGCCCGUAACUCACGAUUAGACUCUGAGAGUUUACGUCAGUACCUGAAAAGCUUGAAAAGACACUAUGAGGCUGAAAUACAGAGCAUUUCAGAGUCCAUAGAGGAGUGAUGCCUGGGUUGAGGAAAGGGACAAUGAGACAGGGCAAAAGACUAAAGACUCUUCUUGACCAGAGCCAGUGAGGAAAUACCUUAUGCUGAUCACAUAUAAAUAUAUAUUUUUGUUUUAUUCAUAAAAUACCUUUUCAUUUUGUUCAUAUUGUUAUUAAUUGUUCAUUGUUAUUAAUUGUUGUUUAAAAUAUUAGUUCUACACUGUUCAUAAAAUACUCGUUUUCACUGUGUUUAAAUUAAUGAUUGAUGUUUAAAAAAGGCUAUUAAAAAACAAUAUCAGCAUUUUUGUGAUUUAUUGUCAUGAACUGGAGAACAAAAUAACUACCUGUGAUGGUCAAAUCACAGCAGGACAUUCACCUGUAUCUUUCUAACUAAUGGCUUUCAUUAUGAUGCAAGUCAAACAUUUUGUGCUUUAAAUUUCUCCUUGGUCAAACCAAUAGAGUGCCGAAGUUAUGACGUCACUUUGUAGGACAAUUCUGAAGUUGGCGGCGCAUGGGUUCCCUCGAUGGAAAAGCUAUGCAUUUUCCCCAUAGACUUUUGGAAAAUCGCAAAAAAUAAGAUCUGUGUUCAACAAAGAGUUGUGACCCUUACACGCUUUGUCUAUCAAGAUAAUAUUUACAAGUUAAUC